AUAGUUGAGUCUUGAGUGUUGUUUUAAAGAAUGUAAAAAUCCUGUAAAAGAUAUAUGAAUGCUCGCGAUCUAGUUAAAUUUAAUUAUACAAAGGAUCAGUGAUAGCAUCAAGUGCUGGUGUUGGGAAACUAAAGCAUAGCGCAGCCAAGGUUAGUCAAGAGAGGUUUUCUGAUGUUCAAAUUUGUUUUUCACCCCCGCUGGUUACCCUUGACGAUCACCGAAAUUUUCAAUGCGAAAACUGUUGAAUGUAUAAACAACGUCGAUGGUUGCUAACCAAUCGUUCCGCGCACUUCUGCUCUACAAACUGUGAAAACUAGAUCACCUAUUUUAACUCACCUUGAGCGCAGCAAUCAACAUUUCAGAAUCAAUUCUAAAGAUUCAGUGCAAACUAAUCAGGAAUCACGCGUGGGGGAUACUGCAACUGGUUAUCUGCUUUCUGGAAUAUUGAAAAGCCUAAAAGUGGUGCUGUCUUCAGUUACAAAACUUGGACCUACUUCUCGAUUGAUGCCAUCAUAGUAAGAAGCCAACAUGCAUAUAAAACAAGUCAUUAUCCAGGGCUUUAAAAGCUAUCGUGAACAAACAGUUGUAGAACCAUUUGACAAGCGCCAUAAUGUUGUGGUCGGUCGAAACGGAUCGGGAAAAAGCAAUUUCUUUUAUGCGAUCCAAUUUGUGUUGAGCGAUGAGUUUACGCAUUUGCGACCUGAACAGCGCCAAGCUCUCCUGCACGAAGGGACUGGGGCUCGAGCGAUGUCUGCUUAUGUAGAAAUCAUUUUUGACAACUCGGAUAAUCGUGUUCCGAUCGACAAAGAGGAAAUAUUUUUACGUCGCGUGAUUGGAGCUAAGAAAGAUCAGUAUUUUUUAAACAAAAAAGUCGUUCCCCGCUCUGAAGUAGUUAAUCUUUUGGAGUCUGCAGGCUUUUCAAACUCUAACCCCUACUAUAUUGUUAAACAAGGUAAAAUUAAUCAAAUGGCUACAGCUCCAGAUUCUCACCGGUUGAAGUUACUACGUGAGGUUGCGGGAACAAGAGUGUAUGAUGAGCGCAAAGAAGAAUCUAUGAACAUCUUGAAAGAAACAGAAGGAAAAGUUGAUAAAAUUACCGAAUUUUUGAGAACUAUUGAAGACAGAUUAAAAACACUAGAAGAAGAAAAGGAGGAGCUGAAAGAAUAUCAAAAAUGGGACAAAGCCCGUCGUACACUCGAAUAUAUUAUUCAUGAAACUGAGCUGAAAGAAAAUAAAAAGUUACUAGAUGAAUUGGAAUCACAAAGGAAAAGCUCAGGUGAUAAACAAAAGAUGUUCACACAAGAAAUUCAAAAGGCUCAAGAAAAAAGUAAAAAUAUUCAAAAAUUACUAAAAGAUGCCAAGAAGGAUGUUUCUACGACUAAAGAUGAAAAAUCUGUACUAACCACUGAACAUCAGCAAUUGCUCCGAGAAAAAACUAAAUUGGAUUUAACAAUUUCUGAUCUUACCGAUGAGGUUCAAGGAGACAAUAAAUCAAAAGAGCGAGCGGAACAAGAAUUAGAACGCUUGAAAAUCACUAUUGCCGAGAAGGAAAAAGAAUUGGAAGCAGUACGUCCCCGAUAUGAAGCUAUGCGCAGAAAAGAAGAGGAAUGCUCGCGCGAGCUUAAUUUGAAAGAGCAAAAACGCAAAGAACUUUACGCAAAACAAGGUCGGGGAUCUCAAUUUUCUUCAAAAGAAGAAAGAGACAAGUGGAUACAAGGAGAAUUAAAGUCUUUAAAUAAGCAAAUUAAAGACAAGAUUGCUCAUCAAAGCAAGUUGCAAGAUGAUUUGAAACGAGAUGCUACCAAGCAAAAGGAGUUGGAAAAAAAGAUUGAAGAGCAUAGUGAAGCAUUCGAACAGUUAAGAGUCCAAAUAGAUGAACACAACAAACAUUAUUAUGAGUUGAAAAAGAAGAAGGAUCACUAUCAGAGCAUUCGAAACGAUAUUUGGAAAAAGGAAACUCAAGUAACACAAACUUUGUCGGGUAACAAAGAAGAGCUUGCUAAGGCGGAUCAAGCAUUGCGAUCAAUGGCAGGAAAGCCUAUCCUUAACGGACGCGAUUCUGUUCGAAAAGUACUAGAAAGUUUCCAACAACGUGGGGGUCAGUAUGCUGAUAUAGCAAAUGCAUAUUUUGGUCCAGUAAUUGAAAAUUUUAAUUGCGAUAAAUCAAUUUAUACUGCCGUUGAGGUCACUGCAGGUAAUAGAUUGUUUCAUCACAUUGUUGAAUCUGAUCGGGUGGGAACCCAGAUUCUCAAAGAAAUGAACAAAUUAAAGCUCCCGGGAGAGGUAACGUUUAUGCCUUUGAAUCGCUUACAAGUGCGAAUCCACGACUACCCAGAGGAUCCUGACUCGAUUCCAAUGAUUUCCAAAUUAAGAUAUGAAGAACAGUAUGACAAAGCGUUGAGGUAUAUAUUUGGAAAAACUUUGAUAUGUCGAAAUUUAGAACGCGCUACUGAAUUAGCCAAAAGUACAGGAUUAGACUGUGUGACAUUGGAAGGCGACCAAGUGUCGUCUAAGGGAUGUUUAACGGGCGGUUACUUUAAUACAUCACGAUCAAGGUUGGAGAUGCAGAAAAAAAGAUCAGAAUACCUACAGAUGAUUGAAGAGCUGGAAAAGGAGUUAAAUGGAUUCAAAACUGAAUUGAAACAAACAGAGUCCAGUAUAAACAGUGUUGUAUCAGAGAUGCAGAAAACAGAAACAAAACAAGGAAAAUCCAAGGAUGCAUUUGACAAAAUACAAGCGGAUAUUCGAUUAAUGAAGGAUGAAUUAACAAGAAUUGAACGUUUUCGAAAUCCAAAGGAGCGUUCGCUCGCUCAGUGUAAGGCAAACUUGGAGGCAAUGAACAGCACAAAAGAUGGAUUAGAAAACGAAUUACACCAAGAACUGAUGUCUCAGUUAUCCGUUCAAGAUCAACACGAAGUGGAUCAAUUGAACGAUGAAAUUCGUAAAUUGAAUCAGGAAAAUAAAGAAGCAUUUACUUCCCGUAUGAGUUUGGAAGUUACAAAAAAUAAGCUGGAAAAUUUGCUGACAAACAAUCUCUUUCGUCGCAAAGAUGAGUUGGUUCAGGCGCUGCAAGAAAUAUCGGUUGAAGAUCGCAAACGUCAACUUAAUAAUUGUCGUAACGAGUUAACAUCAACGGAGAAACGUAUUAAAAAAGUUUUAACAGAUCUGGAUGAAAUAGAUAAAAAAGUUAUUGAAGCAGUCAAGCAACAAAAAACAUUUCAAAAAGAAUUGGAAGUUUGGAUGCAAAAAGAGAAAGAAGCGCAAGAGAAAAUGGAAGAAGAUUCGAAACGUAUGGAAAAAUGGGCAGCGAAAGAAAAUUUGUUGCAUCAAAAGAUCGAAGAAUGUACUGAAAAAAUUGCCAGUCUUGGUGCAUUGCCGCAAGUUGAUCCGUCAUAUCAAAGAAUGUCAUUGAAACAACUAUUCAAAGAACUGGAGAAAGCAAACCAUCAUUUGAAAAAGUAUAAUCAUGUAAACAAAAAAGCGUUAGACCAGUUUCUUAGUUUUUCUGAACAGAAGGAGAAGCUUUAUAAAAGAAAAGAAGAGCUUGAUAUUGGCGGUGAAAAGAUUCGAGAAUUAAUGCAAAAUUUGGAAAUGCGUAAAGUAGAAGCAAUACAGUUUACUUUCCGGCAGGUCGCGGCCAAUUUUACUGAAGUUUUUAAAAAGCUUGUACCACAGGGGGCAGGCCAUUUGAUUCUUAGAACUCAUAAUGAUACAGAAGGUAAUGAUAUGGAAAAGGAGGUUGAAACUUCUGAUGAUUUCACUGGUAUUGGCAUAAGAGUUUCAUUCACCGGAGUAGACGCUGAAAUGCGUGAAAUGAAUCAACUUUCUGGGGGUCAAAAGUCUUUGGUGGCGCUCGCAUUGAUAUUUGCUAUUCAAAAGUGUGACCCUGCUCCUUUCUAUCUUUUCGAUGAAAUUGACCAGGCUUUAGAUGCUCAGCACAGAAAAGCAGUCGCAGACAUGAUUCAUGAAUUAAGUGACAAAGCACAGUUUAUCACAACCACGUUUCGACCAGAGUUGUUGGAGAAUGCACACAAAUUUUAUGGAGUACGUUUCCGAAAUAAAGUAAGCCAUGUCGAUUGUGUUACACGUGAAAUUGCUAGAGAUUUUGUAGAAGAUGAUACCACACACGGUUAGAGUUUCCUGUAAAUUCUAAUACCGAAAUAUUACGUUUCAUGGCUUCACAUUCACAAAGAAUCAUUUUAUUCAAAAAGCUGGAUAAUAAAAUAGUUGCAAUUAUAUGAUAAAUAA